AUGUUCGCGACGAGGAGUGUCUCGAGACAUUGCUCGAAAACUUGUAAAUGGUCCUUAUCGUCUCUCCUUCAAUCCGAUUCCUCCAGGAAUCUGAGCUUGUCAUCAAAUCCUGUCACAAGCAAUGCAAUGCUGCAGCCUGGUAGCUCCACUGAAGGCAAUUCAAGUUCAUCUCCUCCACUAAUGCAUCAAGUCUUCAAAGGAUGGUCUCGAGCCAUGUCUACAUCGAGAGGAAGGAGCAUGAGGAGUAAAGUGGAGAGUAGAAUGCGUAAAGAGUCUGGUAAGACGUUACGAGAGAUUAGGCGUGCUAAAAAGUUGAAGAAGAAACUCAUGACUGAUGAAGAAAGACUCAUUUACAACCUCAAAAGGGCAAAGAAGAAAGUUGCGCUUCUAUUGCAAAAGCUAAAGAAAUACGAUCUCCCUGAGCUGCCAUCUCCAGUACAUGAUCCAGAACUUUUCACACCAGAGCAGAUUCAAGCGUCCAAGAAAACAGGUUUCAAGAACAAAAACUAUGUCCCUGUUGGUGUUCGUGGAGUAUUUGGAGGAGUGGUUCAGAAUAUGCAUAUGCACUGGAAGUUUCAUGAGACGGUGCAAGUUUGUUGCGAUAACUUUCCGAAGGAGAAGAUUAAAUAG